GUCCCACACGGCGCCUGGCAUCAGCGAUGGGCACUGAUGCCAACAUCGAGGACCAUUUUCCGUAGAUCUGCUGCCGAUCAUGAAGAUGUGUGCCUUCCUCAUCGAGACUGAUGGUGAUGGUGAGGAGUCCCGCAAGUGGAUCAUGGAGCCGGGCCGCACCUACAUUGUUGGGCGUGAGCAAGAUACGGCGGAUGUCUGGCUGGGCCACUCAGAGAUGGUCAGCCGCAGACACGCUGAGCUACUGCUGGAGCGAGAUGAGGCUGCAACCGACGGCUUUUUCCUUUUUGUCAAGGACCUCGACACCCGGAAUGGCUCAUUCGUAGGCGACGAGCGGCUGUCCGGCGAGAGGAAGCUGCAGAUCAGCGAGGCGCAACGAUUGCGCUUUGCAGAAGACAACCCUCGGAGCUACAAGAUUCGACUCAAGGAGCAGCCCAAGAGUGCCUCCCCUCCCCCUUCAAGCGGUGCACAAGCGGCAGAGGCGGCCAACGGUGGCAAGCGGAAGAGGCGGGGCUGGGAUGAGAAGCCUGAAGACGCGGUGGCUGGCCCCCCGGCUGCAGCACCCCUCCCCCCAUCCAUCCCUGGACUUGCUCAUGCCACCAGUGCGGCCAAGGAGAAGCGAAAGCUGCUAUGGGCCGCGAGCAAGAAGAAGGACACCGACCUACGGCAGCCACUCGAGCACCAGCAGCAGGAGAGCACCGUCAAAUUCGCGUCAGCCGAUGCACAGGGCCCGAGCCAGUCGGCGCUGUGGGAGCAGAGCUUCACCAACGACGACGCAAGGAAACACAAGUUCCUCAAGCUGAUGGGCGCCACCAAGGGAGCCGGGGGUGUGGGCGGGGGAGGCAGCCAGAAGGCCGCCAAGAACGCGUCGGAGGGCGCCUCUACUGCAGCAGCCGCUGCGGAGGAGGUGGCUCGGAUGCAGGCGAGGGAUGUGGAGCUGGAGCAGCAGUUCUUCUCGGGCAUGAAGAGGAAGGACGGGCGGAAGGUGGGACUAGGCAUGUGACAAGGGAGGCGGCUCGGCUGAUUUAAGCCUCUGUAUGAGUGGAUACACUGUGUAUGUAUGCCAUGGGGUUGAUUGGGUGCACAGACAACAUCUAUUUGUACUGAUUGAUCGGUGUAUGGUAUGAGUGCGAUAGACAGCAGGAGUCUCACUUCC